CCGGCCAACUCCUCGUGGCCCGGCCCGGCGCGCGAGGAGGCGGCGGCGGCGAACCGGACGCUGCAGCUGCGCGCGCUGGUGUACCGGCUCAACUUCGACCAGCCGGUGCGGCGCGAGGCGCGCUGGCGGCCGGGCGAGGCGGCGGUGGCGCUGGUGGUGCAAGUGCACGAGCGCGCCGAGCACCUCCGGCUGCUGCUGGCCUCGCUGCGGCGCGCGCCCGGCGCCGAGAAGGUGCUGCUGGUGCUGAGCCACGACGUGUGGUCGGCCGAGCUGAACGCGCUGGCCGCCUCCGUGGACUUCUGCGCCGUGCUGCAGGUCUUCUUCCCGUUCAGCCUGCAGCUGUACCCGGGCGAGUUCCCGGGCACGGACCCGCGCGACUGCCCGCGCGACGUGGGCCCGGCGGCGGCGCGGCGCCUCGGCUGCCUGAACGCGCAGUACCCGGACGCCUUCGGCCACUACCGCGAGGCCGCCUUCGCGCAGACCAAGCACCACUGGUGGUGGAAGCUGCACUUCGUGUGGGAGCGGGUGCGCGCGCUGCGCGAGCACCCGGGGCUGGUGCUCUUCCUGGAGGAGGACCACUACCUGGCGCCCGACUUCCUCCGCGUGCUGCAGCACCUGUGGGCCCUGCGCCAGCGCGACUGCCCCGAGUGCCAGGUGCUCUCGCUGGGCGGCUACGCGCCCGUGCGCGGCGGCAUGGCCGGCCGGGCCGACAAGGUGGAGCUCAAGACGUGGAAGUCCACGGAGCACAACAUGGGCAUGGCCUUUGCCCGGGACACCUACCGGCAGCUCAUCGCCUGCACCGAUGCCUUUUGCACCUACGACGACUACAACUGGGACUGGACUCUGCAGCACCUGACCGUCGCCUGCCUGCCCCGGUUCUGGAAGGUGCUGGUCCCCGAAAUCCCUCGGGUCUUCCACACCGGUGACUGUGGCAUGCACCACAAGAAGUCUUGCCAGCCCUCUGCCCAGAGUGCCAAAAUUGACUCGCUCUUGAGCAGCAACCAGCAGCACCUGUUUCCCGAAAGCAUGACGAUCAGCAAGAGGUACUCGGUGGCUCCCCUCAGCCCCCACGUCAAAAAUGGGGGCUGGGGUGAUAUUCGGGACCAUGAACUCUGCAAGAGUUAUCGAGGAUUGCAGUGAGAGAACAUCCUGAGCCUUACUCUUUCUUGUGUGGGCCUGUCUACCCUAUUAAAGGCAGAGGCAUACACGGAAAAAGAAACGUGUCCAUUUGGUUUCUGCUUUAAUAUGGACCGUGGUUAUCGCAAGAGUUGUCCUUUGGCAGUGAUAUUUUUGCGGCAGAAAAGGUUAUGUGGAGGAAUGCUGAAAAGAAAGCGAAAUACUACUUGUUUACUGGGAAAGUCACUGAUGAUUUUUACCUAGGCCUUUUUAUAAGGUUUUCCCAACACUAAGUCCACCUUGAAUCCACUUUUUUUAAGUGAAGGUGUCAAAAUAAAAUGCUGGAGGGUGUGUGUUCCAAAAUGGCUGGGGUCCCUUUCUCCCCCCCCCCAUCCCCCCGUUUUUCAAAGGCUAGCCUUUCCCUGUCCCUGUUUAUCUUAACAAUAAGAACCUGCAGUCAUUCAGUGUUCCAUAAUCUUGUACAGGCUUGCUUGAAAUUUGUUACCUUAAUAUCUACAAAAGCAUUCUAUUUUAUUCGCUAUGUGCUUACUAUAUAAAAGAAUUAGAAGUUCGUUUCUUUUCACUUUCAUGUAGAAAUAUGCAACUUUUUUAGUUCUGCCAAAUAAAAAUUCAUGUUUUUGUAAUA